AUGGAGCUGGAAACGGAGGGUGAGCUCGAGCUGGAGCAGGAAGCGGAGGAGGAGGUUGAGAUGGAGCUGGAAACGGAGGGUGAGCUCGAGCUGGAGCAGGAAGCGGAGGAGGAGGUUGAGAUGGAGCUGGAAACGGAGGGUGAGCUCGAGCUGGAGCAGGAAGCGGAGGAGGAAGGGGAUAUGGAGUUGAAAGUGGAGUUGGAAUUUCAAACUCGAGGAGAAGGUGGAGCUGGAGCUGGAGAUAGAGAGAAGGUGGAGCUGGAGCUGGAGAUAGAGUUGGAAACGGAGGAGGACCUUGAGCUGGAGACGGAGUUGGAAGUGGAGGUCUGGACUGAGGUGGAGGCAGUGGUUGUAUUGCUAAUGUUGGAGGUGAUAAUGGAGGUGGAAGUGAUCGUAGAGGUGGCGGUGGAAAAAGAACUGUCAAAGAAAUGCAUCAUAAAAGUACCUCAUAAAGUUCAAGUUCAUCCGAAGUGCAUGUCAGCCCAAGAGGUCAAAGUUCAGCAAGAAUUUAUGACUGACAAAAGCCUUCUCUCAAGACAAUUGAAGGCCAAGGAUGGACAAAUAAGCAAGCAGGUUAACGAAGAGUUUAAUUUUGGAAUUUCUGCUUUCCUGUUCGCGGGGGAGGCGAAGUCACCCGGGAAACGCAGAGACUCUCGAGGGCUCUUGCAGGAUGCUACAGUGACGUCGACGACCGACGCUCGCGGGGGCGAACUUGUCACCAAUAAUUACUCUCCCCGUUCCAGGACAAAGGCCCGGAUUAAGUCCAAUCAGCAAAAACCUAAAAGGAUCGGAGGCAAGCAAGCAUCUUCAGCGGCCAUGACAUGCCAGUGCGUGGCCCAUUGCCAUAGUAACAUGCGUGCAGGAAAUCAAUACAACCGCGGUUCUUCAUGCAAACGUCACGCUUUCUUUGUUGACGAAGUGUUAUCUCUCUUGCCCAUAGCCUCCCAUUGUUUAGACCCAUAUCCUACAUCCUUUACAUGCCACACGACACACACCGCCUCGCAGGUAACACUCAGCCGUAUGCGACCAUCAGUUCACACUCCCUUUGUACGUCCAGGACUAACUAACUACCUGUGA